UUGCGGGAGGUUGGGGGGGAUCGGAGCUCAUCCCCAACGGGGCGAUGGCAGCGUUCUGCGAGCUUGGGAUUGGCAGAGUGACCGCGCAAGUUCCAUGGAACCGCGCGGGAUCCCCGUACCGCUAACUUUUGGUUGCCGUUUUCGCCGGCCGGUGAAUGAUUACGAUGAUGAUGUUUUCCAUUCUCAUCGCGAGUGCCUGGAGGGAUUAAUUAGGUAGAUAGAUACUUUGGUUGCGUGCGAGGAAGCUUUCUGUUUCGCUUUGUUGCAGCUAGCACCGGGCUCCACCGCCGUUAAGCUUCCAGUUCUCCAGUCCAUCAUCAACACCAUCAUCAUCAAUCAUUCCCAUUCUUCGCCUUGGCGAAAUCAUUCCUUUACGAAACUUCGCCUUUAGCCCACCGCCUUUAUUUUGUUCCGUGGCUUUAUUCGACUUUCCGUGAGGUGGCCUGGAGCGUUGGAGCUGAUCUGAUCGGAAAAUUGGUUUGCGAGGGGGCGGUGUCCAAGUGUGGAGUACGUUGGGUUCUCUGGGCUGUGGCGGGUUUCGACAUUUGAGCGUAUUGGGAAUUGAUGUGGGUUGGGAUGUGGCAUUUUGAUAAGUUGUGGGGUGCUUGGGUGGUAGGGUUGCGGCGCGUUGAUUUUCUAGGGGAUUUUUUUGAAAAUUUGGGGCUUUCCUCCAGUUGAAUAUGAGCUGCAAUGGAGGAUGGGCUGUGAGUUUGGUUGAGAGGCAGAGUUUUGGGCUGGGUGCAGUAUGGCUUGAGGUGAUCGUAGUAGUGAUCUAUCUCCCUUCGCGGUGUAUCUUAGGUAGGGCAUGAGGUUGUCAUGUGAGGCCUGUCGACAGCAGUCUCGCCAUUAAGCGUGCAAGUUUAACGCUCUUCGCGAGGAAUUAUUUGCUGUAUCUGAGGUGGUUCUUCGAAUGAUCUGCACACUGGAGGAGUUAGAUUCGGGAUGUCCGGAGCGCUCCAGGAAUUUCGUAGAAGUUGUUCUCGUGCAUUGUUGUAGAUGGGGCGACGACGGGAAGUCUCGCGUUGGGAAGAUGACGCCUUGAGCGCAUUGUGGUUAUUACGUCCGACGGGUGCAUUGUUGGAUUGAGCAGGACAUGUUGGGAACCCUUGGAAGUUUUUGGGGGAAGCUUGUAGUGCGAACUGACGCGGGAAAAUUUGCAAGUGGUAGGCAAGGUAGUCUUGUCCUAGAAAGAUGGCCAUCGUGGGCAGUGGCAACCUAUGUGGGUGCUGCGGGAAUGCAAUUACAUCAGGGGUUCCGACAUCAAGGUGGUUGGAUGGUUCCUCAUGGUUACCGCUGCCUACAUUACAAUUCACCAAAAUAGCAAUAAAUGUCUGGAACAAUGGCAAACUUCCUAGAAUGUGUACUCUGCGGUCAUGCUCUGGGGGUAAAUGUAUCAAUUCGCGGGGCGGCGAUAGCAGAAGACGCACAGAUGCAGUGCCUAUGGCUUUGUACACGCACCUGAAAAAUCUGGGCGAAGCAAGGGCGCAGGACGUGCCAAUCAUCACAGAUUCUCAAGUCGUGGAAUCAAAAUGUGGUCUUUACGAAGAUCCAGGAGCGAGUACGGACCAAGAGCAGAUGUUAGGUGUGGUCGGAAAGGUCAACGCGCCUUCUAAGCUGCUGCGUGUCGGUGUGGAUGUUGACGAAGUGCUUGGGAACUUCCUAGCCAGUUUGAACAAAUUUGUCGCCGAAGAAUACCUGCUGCAGCACAAUGUGUCAGAGUACUAUGUGUAUGAUUUCAUGAAGAUCUGGAGAUGCUCACAGACAGAAGCCAACGAUCGUGUCCAUGCUUUCUUCGAGUCGGAGCAUUUUAACAGUGGAAUUCUACCAAUUCCUGGGGCAUUUGAAGCCCUCCAGCAACUGUCUUUGAACUGCCACCUCGUUGUUGUUACAUCCAGGCAACAUGUCAUAAGGCAGCCAACCAUGGACUGGAUCAAUCAGCAUUAUGGCGGCAUCUUCAAGGAGGUUCACUUUGGAAAUCAUUUCGCCUUGGAGGGUGAAGCUCGGUCUAAAUCUGAAAUCUGCAGGUCGCUUGGAGUAGAAGUUCUCAUUGACGACAACCCACGGUACGCUUUGGAGUGUGCCGAACAUGGGAUCGAGGUUCUUCUGUUCGAUUUGCACGGGAACUAUCCUUGGAGCAAGACUGAGCAGGGUCCAACCCACCCGUUGAUCACAAGAGUUCACAACUGGUCUGAAGUCGAACAGGCGUUGCGUGCCCGACUUUAUUAAGUCGAGAUAUGUAAUGCUCUUCAUUGUACAUUUGUCUGCACGCCUUCUUCAUUUAACCUCAGUUUCUGAUUGCACCUGAAAAUACUUGCAGAUCCUAGAAACAUUCAUGAUUCUUCAGACAUUGAUUCGGUCUUAUAAACCAUGAUUAAGAUCAAAUUAGGAAGUCCCAGAGUACAGAAUUCACGUUCCUUAUAAAGAAAUAUGUUGACAAACCUACCAUGACUUAGCCGAUUUGUAUUUAGCUGGUCCGAAGCAAAGCAGUCGGACUUCUAAUGACUAUCAACUACUGCAGACUUGUUCCAAAAUUCAUUUUGAGCUCCCUCCCCAGCUAAUUGCUAAAGUUUCUUUCUUA